UGAGUGAGGCAUGGCUUAUGGGUUUUUGAGUUGCAAUUAUUUAUGAGAAUCCCAAUUUCCCAAUCUUUAAACCCUGGCUAUGCUGCUCCACCGAACCACCGCAGCUGCCGCCGUCGUAUUCCACCGCACCACCACCAAAAUCUCCCUACUCCUCUUCUCCACCUCUACCGCCCCAAAACCCUUCGCCAAAAUCCCAUGGAAAUACAGGUCCAAAGCCAUCCAAGAAUCGCAGGCAGCGCUUCUAGACUACCUUCACACAACUCGCGCUCUGCCUUUUCUCUACGCUGACCACAUUUCCAGAAAUUCGCCCCAAUGUCUCUCGAAAGUCGUAUCCAAAGUCCCCUUUUCGCCUUCCAAUUUCUUGUGCUCGUUCCAGCGAUUCCUCAGGUACCAUCCAAUCAACGAGCUCGAGUUUUUAUUGGAAAGCAUUGGAUUGAACUGUGACGAGAAUGAAACCGCGCGUGACAUUUUGCCUAAAAAUACGUUCUUUAUUUCUGAUUGGAAGCGUUUUGAUGUGGUCUGUGCAUUGGGGGGGAUGGGGUUCCCUUGGAGGAAACUGGGAUUGCUGUGUAGAGAUGAUUGUUCGAUAUUCGGAGUCGAUCCGUCGCAUUUGGAGAGGAGGAUCGGAGAAAUUAAGGGUAUUGGGUUUAAUGGUGUUAGUGUGAUUAGUAUAGCCUUGGCCUUUCCUCAAGUUCUUUAUAGCAAUGCAGAUGGAUUGUUGGGUGAUUUGAAAUUAUUAAUGUUAGAUUAUGAUUUGUUGAGUGCUGUUGAUGGAAAUGUGGAUACUGUUUUGGAGGUUUGUGAGAAAAUCAAGCUGUUUUAUGACUUGGGUUGUGAGAUGGGGAAGGUUGGGGAGUUGAUGGGAAGAAGCAAAUGUAUUUUUGUUGAGUACUCGAAAGAGCAUUUGAUUGGCAAGAUUGAGUAUUUUUGUAGGUUGAAUGUCCGGAGGGAUCAAGUUGGAUUAUUGCUUCUUUCAAGACCCGAGAUCUUUGGUUUUGGCCUUGAGGGUCGGGUGAUUUCAGUUUCCGGAUUUCUGGCACACUUUGGAAUGGAAGAGGAAGCGUUGAAGUCGCUUGAGCAGAAGUACCCUCAUGUUUUUGGGAGGAAUAGAUUAGAAAAUGUGCCUUGUGUAAUGAGGGCGAUGGAUAUUGGUGAAUGGUUCUUCGAGAGACUUCAAAAUGGGGAUCCGGCGUUGUUGACUGCUUAUACCAUGCCGUGUAGUGAGGACUUGGAUAAGCACUACGAAGAGGGCUUGAGGAAAUUGCAAGAUAAAAGAACGAGAGCUUAUAUGAAAACAAAAUUGGAUUUCAUACACAGCCUUGGUUUUGGAGAAAACAAGUUUGCAGUUAAAGCCUUGUCUCAAAUGCACAGCUCUAGCAGUGAACUGCAGCAGAGGUUUGAUCUCCUUCUCUCCUGUGGGAUCGAAUACUCUAAACUUUGCGCUUUGUUGAAGUAUGCCCCAAGGAUUCUUAACCAAAAACCUGGCCAACUUGAAAAGAAAAUCGAGUACUUCUGCACUGAAAUGGGUGCUUCGCUGCAGUACCUAGAUGUUUUCCCCGGAUAUCUUUGUCACGACUUGGAGAAACGAAUCAAACCAAGAUACAGAUUCCACAAAUGGCUCAAGGAGCAGGGCUAUUCUAAAAAAAACUACUCCAUGGCCACCAUAAUAGCCUCUAGUGAGAAAACAUUUAUUGCUCGUAUUUCUCGUAUGGAUCAUGCUGCAGCAAAGAUGUGGGAGAAUCUGCAGAAGUAGAUGCCACUGCAAGCUCCCAGCAGAAACCAUCCCCUUAGAUCGCUCACCACUGAUCCGGUUGCUCCGUUCCACAAGGGUAUCUGUGCAUAUUUUGUGGCAUGGAACUCCAAUGAUAUCUCAUGUAUGAUUGGUUAAAUUGACUUGAUGGGAUCGGGGGGAGUGAGGCCGAGCAAAGUGAAAAGGGUUUCCCUUGAGAUGGGAAAUGCUCGUUAAUUUUGCUCAUAGAUUCGGUUGUUCAUAUUGGAAUUGGAAUUGGAAUUGAGAUGUUGGAGUCUGCAAUAUAUCAACUGAUCAUGAGCAGAAAAGGCUACCUUGGUUUUGCCCUCCUCACAACGGAGCAACCACGGACGUGGCCAGUUUGUAAUCAUUCAUUUUUGGAAUUAAUGAGAGCACUCCUCAUAGAAGAGCCUAACUUGAAAAUAUUAGUUAUACAGCUGCCGAAUCUAUCUUCCUUGCAUAAUUUGUAUUGAUAUAUAUUAACUGUAUCGAUAUUUCCAGUCACAGGCUGCAGCGUAGCUUCAUGGAGCCGGUGUUUUGCUUGGCGCUCCCCCCCUGCAUUCAGUUAAGUAGAUUCACUCACCCGACUGUAUAUGUUCGCUGUUAUACUUAGUUUCUCAUUCGUUUUCCCCGUUGGGACACUCGGAUUAAGGAAGUUGAUAUUUGCAACUGCCAAUAUGUAUGAAACUUUGAAUAUUGACAUGUUCAUGUUGUGAUCUAGCUGUUCAUCAA